UUCUCUUUCCUCUAAAAACCGAGCAUCCCUCGAACGCCCCUCUCGCACUGUUACGGAACCAAGUUACGAGACGAAUGUUGACCGGCGUUAUGUAGUUCUCAUUUUUUUCCCGGUGACUGGAGGGCUGAGUCAUGGCAUUGAAGCUGGUCCAGAGACUCCCACUGGCGAUCCGCCCCGGUACCGUCUUCUCGGUGGCCCGGCCGGCGUGCGCGGCCUGCCUGUGGACCUCCACGGGGCGCUGCAUCCUCACCGGGGGCUGCCGCCGGCUCCGGCCGGUCCGGGGUUCCAGGAGCCUGAGCGCCCUCGUCCGGGAGCCGUCCUUCGUGGUGCCGCACGGGGAUUCAAUCCCCCGGUUCCGUCUGACCCUGCAGCGCGGUCCCGCGGCCCAGGAAGAGGAGCAGGACUUCCUUAGGCGUUUGAGCUCCUGCUCGUCUCCUGCCAAGGUUUUCAAGCUCCUGCGUUCGGCGGAGGCGGUGCCGGACGGCGCGGCGGCGGCCGCCCUCCACCGGGUGGCCGACCUGGAGCGGGAGGAGGAGAGCCCCUCCCUGCGCGACCCCUCGGUGCUCGAGGACGGGGCCAUCCGGGCGCUGUGCCUGCAGCUGGAGCGGGACUCGCGCCUCCUGUCGGAUUCCGCUCUGGUCUCGGCGCUCCUGGCCUGCACCCGCCUCUGCCUGGACCCCUGGAGCACCCUGAUGGUGCGUCUGAUCUCCGAGGGCCAGGAGCGUCUGGACCGCGGCGAUCUGAGCGUGGGCCAGCUGUGCACGCUGGGCCGGGCCACACUGGCCGUGGAGGGGCCCGGGGGUGCGAUGCUGGAGGAGGUGAUGGCGCAGAUCCAGAAACCGGGCCCCUCGCGGUGGAGCUUGGACGAACUAGUGGCAGUUUACCAGCUCCUGCGGGACGGCGUGGCUCACGACGGAAAGUACCGCGACCUCCUGAACGCCAUGCACGCGCACGCCGUGACGGCGACCCCGGCUAUGGACGAAGCGGCGGUCAGCGGGGUCCUGGGCGCCCUGGUGAACCUCAAUCAAACCCAGGCCACGCCGUUAGUGAUCCAGCUCUGUAAACGGGCCGUGCGUCACGUCCCCCGCUUCUCCGACGAGCAGCUGGCCGCCGUCCUCGCCGCCCUCAUGCACUUCGGUCACAGCGACCGCUACCUGGUGGAGGCGGUGGAGCGCCGCGUGGCCCCCGCCGCCUUCACGUGCCACGCCGAGACGCUCACCAAGGCCACGCAGUUCCUGGGCCGCAGGAACAUCCUGUCGCCGCCCGUGUUGGACGCCGUCGCCGAGAGCUUCGUGUACCGAGCCGACGGCUACAGCACCGGGCAGGUGGCGCGGCAGAUCGCCCCGUUUGGAAAGCUGUGCUACCUGCCGCCCAACGCCGGCGAGCUCUUCCGGAAGGUGGAGGCCGUCCUGCGUACGCGCUUCUCGCAGUUCCAGCCCCGCACGUUGCUGGGUUUGCUGCACUCGUGCAUCCUGGUGGAGAGGUUCCCCGUCAACUUCGUCUCCAAGGUGUUCGGCAGCUUCUUCCUGCAGCAGCUGCAAGAGGACGGCAACGGGAUGGACCGGUUUGUCCUGGCUCAGCUGACACAGCUGUACAUGACUGUCAAGUUGGAGUGUCCCUUCUACGAGGGGCCCCGGCUGCUCCCCAAGUACCGCGUCAAGUCCUUCCUGGUGCCGGGACGCUCGCUGGAGACGCCGGUGGACCCACACCUCUACACCUCGGUCAAGGCGGGCCUGGUGGACCUGCUCGGCGCGCGCUCUUACUUCGCGUCCAAAGUCCUGACGCCGUACUGCUACACGCUUGACGUGGAGAUCAAGCUGGACGAAGAAGGCUACGUGCUGCCUGCCAGUCACGAUGACGUCUUCAAGAGGAUAGCGUUGUGCAUCGACGGCCAAAAGAGGUUCACCGCCAACACCAGACGACUCCUGGGCGGCGAGAGCAUCAAACAGCGACACCUGAGGCUGCUGGGAUACGAAGUUGUUCAGAUCCCCUUCUACGAAUUUGACAAACUGCACAGCAAGACCAGCGUCAUGAAUUACCUGCACCAGAAAAUCUUCCCUCACAGCUACAGACUCAGCUGGUGACAGAGGGGGGG